UGCGGUAGGCCUGCAGGAAGGCAGGGAUGGCUUCUCCUCCCCAUCACUGGAGCGACUGUGUGUGGCCCUGGCAAUGCCUACAGCCUUGCUCGGAAAGGUCCUGCCAACAUCCACAGGUUCUCCUUGGCCCUCAUCCCGCUGGUGCAGCCCAACCGUGGGAGAAUUGGGGCCGCGGGGAGGUGAAGGUGCAGCUGGAUCAAAAGUACCUGCUGCCUCUCCCCUGCCUUUGCUGCGUCUGGCAGCAGGAGCGGAGACUGGUGCCGUCCCUUGGGAGCAGAGCAGCGGAGUCGGGCGAGAGCCCAUUAUAGGGUCACCCAGCCCAACGCGAUGACUGGGAGCCCCGGGGGAGGAAGCGGUGAAACCCCAGUGUGGUGCCAGGCAGGAAAGAGCCAAAGAAAACAUGGCCAGGGCUGUGACGUGGCCUCGUGUGGACUUGCUGGCCCUGCCGUGCUGGGGACGGCUGCUUCACUCGAGCUGGCGUAGCCCCAGCAGCUGUGAUGCAGCAGGAGGGCAGAGCUGGGGGCACUUGGAUCCUUCUUGCACGUGCUGUGAACCUCCCUGGUAAGGCAGCAGCAUUUGCUAUCAUCUCCCAUCCUUCUCGGGAGCACUACUGAGUGCCAGCAGCCCUCCCUGGUACUGCAGGUCUUAGGAGCCCGGCCGUGGUUGAACCUGCUGCGUGGCUGGAGCUCGAAGGUGAUAAAGAAGCGAGACUCCAGCUGGAGGUUUCUCUUCCAAGCUCGUGCAGAGGCUGCCAGGCUGCGCGCCGGUCGUGCCCGUGUGCCGCCAGUGCCCUCCGCAGGGCCGCUGCAGGAGGCUGAGCCCUGGAGCGCCUCGUUUUUCUCUUGUUUGUAUCUCGCCGCUUCCCUUUCUCCCUCUGUGAAAUCUCCAGCUCCUCUUCCCGGCCUCCCAGCGCACUGGAAAUAGCUGCAGCCGGCCCCGUGAAGAUGAGUUCGUGCUGACGCAGGGGUGUUUCACAGGCGGAGGGAAGCAAAGGGGGGAAAACUCAGUCACGGCGCUUAUCGGUUUCCCAGCCUGCCGGGUCCGGAGCUGUGCUGGGCGGGAGCCAGGAGCCGAGGAUGCGGCAGUGAGCGGCGGCGGGAGGAGGAGGAGGAGGAUGCAGCGAGGCAGGGAGCUGCCGAGCGGCUCCGGCAGGGAGUAACCCGCCGGCAGGGGCCCGCGGGCAGAGUCUCCGUCCUGCCACCGGCAGUGUCCCCUCGGCUCCGACGGCCCGGGACCCCACAGGGAUGACGGCGCCUGGUGCAGGGACUGACGCCACAGAGGCCUGACACUGCCUGGGAGCCAUGGCAGCAGCAGCCGAGCCGGAGGGCCGCCCCCAGGCCCGGAGGCGCUGGCUCUUCUGGAGGGGCCACCGGCAGUGGAAGCUCCUGGGUGUCUUCGAGAUCGACCCCGAGCACGAGUUCUACGGGCUGACGUGCCGGCUGCGUGCGGGGCUGGGCGCCGCCACCCAGGCGGCCAUCGACCACCCGCCCGCGGACCCCCCCAGCGAGGGCGACUGCGCCACGGUGCUCAAGCAGCCCCACGAGGGCUUCGAGCUGCGCACGUACGCGGCACCGGCCUUUGCCCGCCUGCGGCGCUCGCUGGGGCUGGCCGAGGAGGAGUACCAGGCGUCGCUGUGCUCCCGCGGGCCCUACCUCCAGUUCAUCAGCAACUCCAAGAGCUCGGCCGACUUCUUCCUGACGCACGACAAACGCUUCUUCCUCAAGACGCAGAGCAAGCGGGAGAUCCGGUUCCUCCUGUCCAACCUGCCCCGGUACCUGCGGCACCUUGAGAGAUAUCCCCACUCGCUCCUGGUCCGCUUCCUGGGGGUUCACAGCAUCAUCCUGCCCCGACGGAGGAAGAAAUACUUCAUCAUCAUGCAGAGCGUCUUCUACCCCGAUGAGAGGAUCCUGGAACGGUACGACAUCAAGGGCUGCCGGGUGAACCGCUGGGCCGAGCCGGCCCCCGAGGGCAGCCCGGCCAUCGUCGUGCUGAAGGACUGCAACUUCGAGGGGAAAACCAUCGCCCUGGGCGCCCAGCGGCCCUGGCUGCUGCGGCAGCUGGAGCUGGACAGCCGCUUCCUGGAGGAGCUGCGGGUGCUCGACUACAGCCUGCUGCUGGCCCUGCAGCCGCUGCACGCCGACGAGCGGCAGCCGCCCGCCCUCGCCCUCGCCAGCCUCGUCGGCCGCGCCGCCCGGUCCAUGGAGCAGGGCGCCCCGGGCGGGAUGGAUGCGGCGGGGGAGCCGGGGGCCCGCGCGGCCGCCCAGCACCGGCGCCUGCUGCCCGCCGCCAGCAACCCGCUGCACGUGCUGGACGGGCCGCAGCUCCGCUACUUCGUGGGCGUCAUCGACCUCUUCACCGUCUACGGCUGCCGCAAGCGGCUCGAGCACCUCUGGAAGAGCGUCCGCUACCGCGGCCAGGCCUUCUCCACCGUCUGCCCCGCCGAGUACGCCCGGCGCCUCUGCCGCUGGGCGGAGACGCACACGCUGUGACCGUGCCACCGCCGAGCCCUGCGGGUCGGAAACCGCGGCGCUCGCUCCCAAGAGCCGUGCGG